CGGCGCCCGCCUGCUCCAGACUCGCCGGGGAGGCCGUCCUGUCUCCGCCAGAGCCUGCGCACGCGCAGACCGCCAACCAACGCCCGGGAGUUCAGGCGCGGCUUUGGUGGCGCGUUUUAGCGAAGUCGCACGUGAAAGAUAGCGGCGGCCGGAGAACAAUCCAGUCAUGGCAGGCUCAGGCCGCUGUUCACCAUGGGGCAAGCAUCCGUUCAGAGCUCUCCCAGUGGUCCUCGUGGCGCUCGUUCUUCUCCACUUGGCAUCAGCCCAGUCCCAACGAAACUUUGCCCCACCAGGCCAGCAGAAAAGGGAGGCCUCCGCUGACCUUCUGACCCAGAUGGGCCGAUCGCUGCGGGAGACACUGGAUACCUGGCUGGGGCCCGAGACCAUGCACUUGGUUUCAGAGAGCCUGACUCAGGUGAUGUGGGCUGUGUCCUCUGCCAUCUCUGUGGCCUGCUUUGCCCUGUCUGGGAUCUCUGCACAGCUGCUGAACGCCUUGGGCCUGGAUGGUGACCACCUCACCCAGGGCCUGAAGCUCAGUCCUAGCCAAGUGCAGACCUUCCUGCUGUGGGGAGCAGGGGCCCUGGUCACCUACUGGCUGUUGUCUCUGCUCCUCGGCUUGGUCCUAGCCUUGCUGGGGAGGAUCCUGGGUGGUCUGAAGCUUGUCAUCUUCCUGGCAGGCUUUGUGGCCCUGGUGAGGUCAGUGCCUGACCCUUCCACCAGGGCCUUACUACUCCUGGCCCUGCUAACGCUCUACGCCUUGCUGAGCCGGCUCACUGGCUCCCGGGCCUCAGGGGCCCAACUGGAGGCCAAAGUUCGAGGGCUGGAGCGCCAGGUGGAGGAGCUGCGCUGGAGACAGAGGCGAGCAGCCAAGGCCUCCCGGAAUGUGGAAGAAGAGUGACAAGGAUGUCCCCAAAGGCCACCAUCACCAUACCAAAGAGCUGAGCUGCUUCUGGGCUGAACAGCCCUCCUUGCAGCCCUCUGCCCUUUCCUUGCCCUGCAUCCGAACCUUCAGAACUUUCAUCCCUGCCUAGCCCCUUGCUGAAGGGGCUGGUCCUCCACCUGAGGCUGGCUGUCUGGGGGUGGAUCUCUGCCCACUCUCCCCUUCCGGCCUGUCUCAGCAUGGCGGGUUGGAGGGGGUCUCUGCCCCAGCUUCUGCAUCUGCUCUGGCCAGCAUCACUGCCACUGGUUUCCUAUGACUUAUCCGCCUCCUCUGCUACUGCCUGGCGUCUUCCCCAAAUGACAGCUCUCCGCCUUUCUGCUCCUCCACCAUGCCUCCAGCUCCCUUUUCCUUCCAGGCCUGAUCCCACCAAACCACAGCCCCUGGAGGCCUGCCCUGCCCUUAUGGCCUGGCAAGGCGGGACCUGAGGAUAAGGGAAGAGGAAACAGGGUUCCUGGAGGCCUGGGGGUAGUGGUGGGAGACCCCUUGUACUUUCCAUCUGUUACAAGUGCCUUAAUCUGAGCCAGCAGAGCCCUCUGCUGGCCCCUGCCAUACUGUAUGUGGGAAAUGCUGCUUUGUUCCUAACAGAGCAGUCCAGCCUCAAAGAAUCGGAAUCCCCUUCAGCCAAAGGCAGUGGCUUCUGUGUAGGCUUGUCCUGCAGGUGGGGCCCUGUGGGAAUUUCAGUGACCCUGAAGGGGGUUGGAGGACUUGAUUCCUUGUCUGCCUAACUGCAAGGCAUUCUCAGUACCUGUGGCUUCAAUCCCCGCCCCCCAGGAGCAGUUGCUGACUAGAGUCACCAGCAGUGGGGAUGAGCACAGAGUGGCCCCUUUCCUGCCCGUGCUCUGCAGGCCAUGGGGGAUGCUAGCCUCCCCCCAGGGUGCGCUUGCUCGCUCUUGGGCUCUGGCCAUCAGGGGUCUCUUCCUCCUUUGGGGCCCUGGUAUUCCCUAGGCCAGGCUGGGCUCAUGAUAAUGAAGUUCUUACUGUUCAGGUUUGAUGUGGAAUCAUGACUGCAGUGAUAUAUAUUUUUAUCAGCGCUUGGUUGGUUUUAAAUAAAGUGCACGCUAUUUUAUUAUCUUGUCCUGAAUAAAAACGUAUUUACUCAAAAGU